UGGAAGCUGAUUCUGGCAGCAUAUAGGUCCGUGAGCAUGCAGGGCCGAGGUGGCUGCCAUAUUCUGUGGUGGAUGCUGAUAAGCUGGCCGGACCAAAUAGAGACUGGCAUCUUGGACUUGUGGAGGAAAGAAACGAUUAAUCAAAAGAGGACUGAAAAGAGACUGGGACUAAAAGCACGCCAUUUGGGUCUCCACCCCCGCAAUCCCGGCUGUGCUUUCACCAAUCACCACAAUGCCCCUCUCCAUGUCACGGUCGCCUUCCACACUUAGGUACUCCAUGCCAUCACUCGCCCUCCUUCAUUCCUCAUAUAUCCCAAGGUUCAUCUGUCAUGGCAUCAUCUCUGAGAGCAGCCCGCAGAAUGAAGACAUGUCAGCAGUGUCGAACUAGAAAGGUCCGAUGCGACGGUCGACGAGGUACUUGUGGAAACUGUGAUCGCCUACAAUUUACCUGCUCUUUUCAAGGGGUCAAUACUUCAUUGGGAAGACCUGGGCGACUACGCGCGCGACGAGCUUGCACUCGGUGUCACUCGUUGAAGGUCCGAUGUAGUGGACAUGCUCCAGCAUGUGUCCGAUGUCAGAAGCGCGGAAGGGAGUGCAUCUACUCAUCACCGGCUGCUGGUAAUGUGGCCCCUAAGAACGACCUUGUCCAGAAUGCCGUUGUCCAGGAGCCAAGCUGUCCAGAUGGGGUCGUUGACGAGCAGGGUUCGGAGCCAAUCGGAGAGCUUGGACCCUUCAAGUUUCCUGAUCGGCAGAGAUUGGAACUCGCUUUGAACGUCUUUUUCACCCACAUUCAUCCCCUGCCUGGAUAUGCGUUUCUUCAUCGGGCUUCGUUGCAUGACCGGUUAGAUCGAGAGGAUGUUGAUAUGUGCCUGCUACUCUCAAUCACCGCUAUAUCAAUACUCUUAACAGACACAGAUCCGUUGAACAGGAGAUACGCGAUACAAUGUAUUACAAAGGCCGAGGAAGAUGUUACGACCAACUUGGGCCAACCGUCAAUCAUGAGGACACAGGCCCUCCUGUUGGUGAUUCGCUGUAAGAUGUGCAUCGGGGAUUACACGUUAGCGUUUGCUCAGGUUGCCAUGUUAUCUCGCAUGGCUUUCUCCCUUCGCCUCAACUAUCAGAGUUCAGGUGCUUCUUUUUUGGCCAUUGAAACUAGAAGACGGCUAAUGUGGGCUAUCUACAUGCUUGAUACACAUUGGGCGGCCGGGCUGUUGGAAUUCACAACCUGUCCCGCGGAUGCUAUUCAUGUUCCUUUACCGUGUAGGGAGGAGAAUUUUGAGCUGGACAUUCGUCCGUCGCGGGAGGUGCAACUUCAUUCAAUAUCAGAGAUCCCGGGAUUGUUAGCUGGAGACAUUUGCGUCGCAUACUUACGUGAUCAAAUCUUGAGAUCCACCAAGAAGUAUGCGGCAGAUGCAAACACACCCAGUGGAAUCAUGCACGGUAUACAUGAAAUUGAGAACCAACUUCAAGCAUUAUAUCGCCGUCUUCCCCUGUCGGACUUAUACUCGAGACGAAAUCUCCGGCUCCGAGCACAUUCCCCGUGGCUGUGUCGCUACGCCUUUCUUCAUCUUCUAUGGCACCAGUGUCAUUGUGACCUCUAUAGGUGUCUUACCCCUGCCCUAGUGGAGUCAAUCCCAGAUACAACGCUUGAGCAAUUAAGUCCCACGUUUCUGCUCCAGUGUCAAGAUCGUUGCGCAUUCCACGCUGAAAAGGUGGCAGAUAUCAUCACCUCCCUUCUCCAGCUUGGUGCAAAGCUGCCUGUCUUACCUAUGGAAAUUGCUGUCUGGGCGUACCAGAGUAUUCGGCUACUGAUCCACACAGCCCGUGAACUCACCCGGGAGCGACUUGUCGCAUAUGCCAACUCAUGCUCAGAGAUGAUCAGGAUUAUCUCAGACACGUCGCCUGCUGUGCAGCAAAUAGGAGCCGAUCUGAACUCCUUAAUCAAAGAAUCUGGGGAACAAAAGGCAGCACCAAAGGAUUAUGAAUCAGGCGGAGUCAUGAAAUCUAUGGCUACACCAAGACAUAUUCUAUCCAUCCAUAAUCUCAUCAGCCGCUCUGUAGUUGUCGAUGACACUGAAGAGCUUCCUUUGCCAGAUGGACAUUCUGCUGCGGGCCUUGAGCAUCACAAUGAGUCGUCUGGUCUUGAUGGUCAAUUACCCACGCUUUCCAGAUUUGAUGUCAGCCCUUUCGAAGGUGUGUGGUUGCUCGACGGAAACGUAGUCGAUGGAUGGGAAGGACAGGCUGGAUUUGACCUCAUUCGGCAGAUGCAGUGGGAUGGGAUGGGAUACUAGGCAUAGCUGUACUUCAUGUAA